AUUAGCAUCAUUUUCAUUCAAUUAAGGUUCUGAAUUCAGGCAUAUAUUUCAUCAUUUUUAUUAGCAGGAUUUGCCUCUAUUUUAUGCAUAUUGAAGGAAAUAUUUGGAUGGCAUUUUACCCAUGGGUAAUUGCUGUCAUAAUUUUGUAUAAAACAGCAGAAAAGAUUUCCUGGAUGGUGUAACAGACUGGCUGCUCCAUUGGAAUGCAACAAGUCUUAUCAAAUUUUUUAAGAUAAUAUUUUUGGGCCAAUAAUUCGCAAAGCAAAAUGAGAGAAUGUAUUUCAAUUCACAUUGGACAAGCAGGGGUUCAAAUGGGCAAUGCCUGCUGGGAGUUGUACUGCCUUGAGCAUGGAAUCGAACCAGAUGGUCAGAUGCCAAGUGACAAAACCAUUGGAUGGGGCAAUGACUCAUUCAAUACAUUCUUCAGUGAGACAGGAUCAGGGAAACAUGUCCCAAGAGCUGUGAUAAUGGAUCUUGAACCCACUGUUGUUGAUGAGAUCCGCACUGGAACUUACAGGCAACUGUUCCAUCCAGAGCAACUGAUUACUGGUAAGGAAGAUGCCGCCAAUAACUAUGCAAGGGGUCACUACACAGUGGGCAAAGAGUAUAUAGACCAGUGCCUAGAUCGUAUAAGGAAACUAGCUGAUAAUUGCACUGGUCUUCAAGGCUUUCUUCUCUUCCAUUCAUUUGGUGGAGGCACUGGGUCUGGAUUCACAUCGUUGUUGAUGGAACGUCUAUCUGUGGAUUAUGGAAAGAAAUCGAAGCUGGAGUUUGCUAUUUAUCCUGCUCCUCAGAUAUCAACAGCAGUUGUUGAGCCUUAUAACUCAGUCCUGACAACCCACACAACCCUCGAACACUCUGACGUUGCCUUCAUGGUUGACAAUGAAGCUAUCUAUGAUAUAUGUUGCCGUAAUUUAGACAUUGAACGUCCAGUAUACAAAAAUCUGAAUCGUAUUAUUGCCCAGGUUGUCAGCUCAAUCACUGCCUCCCUACGUUUUGAUGGUUCCUUGAAUGUUGAUCUAACUGAGUUUCAGACUAAUUUGGU